CCUCCUGGCGCUGGACCUUAAUCCUUCCUGCUGCACUAAUUGGCCAAGAUCUGGGGACCGGGAACAAUUUGAACAGCACUUCAUGCUGGGUAGUCAUUGAAGAUGACUAUAUCUCACACCCAAAUGCUAGCAGCUGCUCAGCUGAUGUGUGAAAAGGACCAUGUCUCCAUUGAAAACCUUUCUGAGGAAUCUCUCAUCUCCAGAGAAGAGCUGGUUUUUGAAGAGGAUGAUAUGACCAAAUCUACCAGGAGACCAAAGCGUCAAAGGCCCGAGCUGCUUCACCCCAUCCCCCAGGAGGACAGUAUCAGAAAUGCUGCCUCUCAGUCAGAAGAGACUACAGAACUCACUCCCAGGGCUGCAACCACCUCAGAGGGAAAACUGGCCAAGCUCGGCCAUAAAAUCGGGAAGAAUCUGGACAAAACUGUAAAAGAAACCAUGAGCUAUCUGAAAAACCUACUCCCUCAUGCCUAUGAAGUCAUAAGGCCCUAA